AUAUUAGAGCAGACCCAGCUCCACUGUGGAAUCAAUCCCACUAUCCAAUCAUGGGGACUAGCCUAGAGGGGAAGAAGAGAGGCACAUUGGAAGCAAAUCGAAGAAGGAACACGGGUAACGGUCUCCUUUUACCCCUCAAAUAUACCGAUACCAGUUUAGAUAUAGUGUUGCUAUUAUACUCUCAAAGUCUCAACGUGUCGAGUCCUCCUCUUCCCGCGAAACAAUGGGAUCUUCAAACUAAUGUUCUAUAAAGUUACAGAGAGGGAGGAAGGAAGGAAGACACAUAUAUUUUGUCUACAAAGAACCCAGAUUCUACUCAUCUUAUUAAUCCUAUUGAUCCUUGAAUUGCCGUCGCCAUUGCCGUUGCCGUUGCGUAUCCAUGGCAUCCAACAUGAACAACUCCCAGCUUCAUAAGGUGAGUGAAAGAAGAAACGAGGAAGGUUUACAGGAGACAAUAGUGGAAACUGUGGAUUACCGAUCGUAUGCAGGGCAGGACCCACAAAAACAAUUAAGGAGGGAGGACGUAGAGGUGAUCCAUCAGCACCAUCCUGACCAAGGAGGUUCAGGAUCCGGCGCCGGCGUUCUGGGCGGCGCUGCUUCCGUUAUCGCUAAUACCAUCAAAUCUGCGAAGGAUGCCAUCUCUGGCGGCGGCACCACCAAUGAUGCACUGCCUAUAAGUCGGCGACACCCAAAGUGAUCUCAACUCUCGACACUGCUAAGCCACAUGAUCAACAAAGGAACUCUCCAUCAACGAUUCUCAUUCAAUCAGCUAUGGUGGAUUUUUAUUCUAUUUUUUUUAGAUUAUUUUUGUUUGACGUGAUCUGUUGCUACGUCGACCAUGAUACUGUGUAGCUGAUUCUAAUUUUAAUCAUUGGCCUUUUUUUCUA